AUGUCGAAUCUUCCAAUUGUUUUUAAAGAAGUCUUACAGUUGACCAAUCUUGGUAUUGGACAACAAUCAAUUGGUUUUGCCACAUUGACUAUGGAGAGUGAAAAGUAUAUUUGUAUUAGAGAAACUACACCAGACGAAAAUAAUAAUGUAGUCAUCAUCGAUACCGAUAAUCCUUCACAAAUCCUCAGAAAACAAAUUAAAGCAGAUGCCGCCAUCAUGAAUCCAAAAGAGCCAAUUCUUGCUUUGAAAGUUGGAUCAUUAAUUCAAUUGAUUAGUAUUGAACAAAAGAUGAAAUUGAAAUCAUACCAAAUGGCAGAGAAUCUCGAGUUUUGGAAAUGGAUUUCACCAAAUAUUUUGGCGUUGGUCACACCGACUGCAGUCUAUCACUGGGCAAAAGAGGGUACUAGCGAACCAGUAAAGAUGUUCGAUCGUCAUCCACACCUCCAGAAUACACAGAUCAUCAACUAUCGUUCCGACUCUACCCAGCAAUGGUUGGUGUUGGUUGCCAUCCACCAGGUCGACGGUCACGUCGCCGGUCGUAUCCAGUUGUACUCUGUCGAAAAGUCGAUCUCACAAUCGAUCGAGGGUCACGCUGCAUGCUUCGCCAACUACAUGGCACCGGGUGCCACCCGUCCAUCGAUCCUCUUUGCCAUUUCCUCGCGUACUCCAGCCGCCUCCAAGGUGUUGGUACUCGAAGUGAGCAAGGGCGACGGUCCCAACUUUGUAAAGAAAUCGUCGGAUGUCUUCUAUCCACCCGAUGUCGGAGCCAACGACUUCCCAGUGGCCAUGCAAAUCUCUGAUAAAUACGAAGUGAUCUACAUGAUUACCAAGCUCGGAUACAUUCACUUGUUCGACCUCUCGACCGCUUCGCUCAUCUACCGUAACCGUAUCAGUUCGGAGAGCAUCUUUGUCACCUCGUUCCAAGAGACCACCAACGGAAUCGUCUGCGUCAAUCGUAAGGGUCAAGUGUUGUCGGUGUCCAUCGAUGACAACAACAUCAUUCCAUAUAUCUGCAACGUGCUCAACAACUAUGAUCUCGCCAUCUCGAUGGCCAGCAAGAACAACUUGCCAGGCGCAGAGGGACUACUCCAAGGUCAGUUCGAGCGUCUCUUUGCCCAAGGACAAUACAAGGAGGCCGCCAAGGUCGCCGCCGACUCGCCAGGCACCAUCUUGCGUAAUCUCCAAACCAUCCAACGUUUCCAAGCUGUACAGGCACCACCCAACGGCCAGCCAUCGCCACUCUUACAAUAUUUCGGUAUGCUCUUGGAGAAGGGUAAGCUCAACAAGGUUGAAUCGCUCGAGUUGGUACGUCCAGUACUCCAACAGGGUAAGAAGCAAUUCCUCGAGAAGUGGCUCACCGACGACAAGCUCGAGUGUUCCGAGCAACUCGGUGAUGAAGUUCGUCAACACGACCGUAAGUUGGCACUCUCCAUCUACUACCGUUCCGGUUCCUCCGACAAGGCCAUCGCUUUGUACGCCGAGGCCGGUGAGUACGACAAGAUCAUCGCGUACUCCAAGAAGAUCAACUACACUCCAGACUACAUGUUCUUGUUGACCCGUUUGGCACCAAUCAAUCCAGCCGGUGCCACCGAGUUUGCCAUCAAGUUGGUCAAGGAUGAGAACGGUCCAUUGGUCGAUCCAUUGCAAGUGGUCGAGUUGUUCAGCUCCAGAAAUUUGAUUGGUGAGACAUCGAGUUUCCUCUUCUCCAUUCUCACUGAGAAUCGUCCACAAGACGCCAACCUCCAGACCAAGUUGCUCGAGUUGAACUUGAUCCACGCACCACAAACCGCCGACCAAAUCAUGGGUAGCCAGAAAUUCACUCACUACAACCGUGUCCGAAUCGGUAAUCUCUGUGAGAAGGCCGGUCUCUACCAGCGUGCUUUGGAGCACUACACCGACCUCACCGACAUCAAGCGUGUCUUGACCGUCGCCGGUUCUAUGGUCAACCAAGAGUUCUUGGUCAGCUACUUUGGAACCAUCAACCCAGAGGAUCGUAUGGAGUGCAUGCGUGACUUUUUGCGUACCAAUCCAAGACAGUACUUGCAACUGGUCGUUGCCGUCGCCAUCCGUUACACCGACGACUUCACACCGGAAUCAAUCAUCCAGAUGUUUGAGAACUUCCGUCUCUUUGAAGGACUCUAUUUAUAUUUGACUCAGAUCGUUGUCACCUCGCAAUCACCGGAGGUCCACUUUAAGUACAUCGAAGCAGCCGCCAAGUCUGGACAAAUCAAGGAGGUCGAGCGUAUGUGCCGUGACUCGAACUACUACGAUCCAGAGAAGACACGUGAUUUCCUCAAGGAAGCUAAGCUCUCUGACCAAUUGCCAUUGAUUAUCGUUUGUGACCGUUACCAAUUCAUCUCGGAUCUCACCAGCUAUUUGUACAAGAACAAUUUGAACAAGUACAUCGAAGUCUACGUCCAAAAGAUCAACCCAGCCAACACACCAAUGGUCGUUGGUGCAUUGUUGGAUCUCGAUUGUCAAGAGGACUACUUGCGUAACUUGAUUGCCAGUGUCAGAAACAUGUGUCCAGCCGACACCCUCGUCGAGCAAGUCGAGAAGCGUAACCGUUUGAAGUUGUUGCUUCCAUGGCUAGAGGCCAGAGUGAGCGAGAGCAACAUUGAGCCAGCCGUACACAACGCCCUCGCCAAGGUAUACAUCGACAGCAACAAGAAUCCAGAGGCAUUCUUGAUUCACGAUCAAUUCUAUGACAGCAAGGUCGUCGGUAAAUACUGCGAGAAGCGUGAUCCAUACUUGUCGUUUGUCGCCUACAAGCGUGGACUUUGCGACUACGAGUUGAUCGAAGUCACCAACAAGAACGCUCUCUUUAAGAAUCAAGCCAGAUACUUGGUCGAAAGACAAGAUCAAGACUUGUGGGCAUACGUCCUCUCUGACCAAAACGAAUACAAGAGAUCGCUCAUCGAUCAAGUCGUCCAGACCGCCCUGCCAGAGACCACCAACGCUCAAGAGGUUGCCUCCACAGUGCAAGCUUUCAUGGAUGCCGAUUUGCCAAACGAGUUGAUUGAGUUGCUCGAAAAGAUUGUCAUCGAAGGAAAGGAAUUCAGAACUGCCACUGAACUCCAGAAUCUCUUGGUUCUCACAGCGAUCCGUGCCGACAAAUCACGUGUCAUGGACUACAUCAACAAACUCGAGAACUUUGACGGUAGCCGUAUCGCAACCGUUGCCAUCGAAGGUGGAUUGUUUGAAGAGGCAUUCUUUAUCUACAAGAAGUUUGGAUUCAAUGUUGAAGCCAUCGAUGUCUUGCUCAACAACAUAAACUCUAUCGAGAGAGCCUACGACUUUGCCGAUCGUGUCAACCAGAUCGAAGUCUACUCCAAGCUCGGUUCCGCUCAACUCCGUGCCGACAUGGUCAAAGAGUCGAUCGAAUCAUUCAUCAAAGCCAAUGAAAUCGACAAGUACCAAGAGGUUAUCACUGCUGCCGAGCGUGCCAACUGCUACGAGGAGUUAGUCAAGUUCCUCCAGAUGUGUCGUAAGAAGAUCAAGGAGCCAGUCAUUGAAUCCGAGUUGAUCUACUCGUACGCCAAGAUUGACAAGCUCGCCGAAAUGGAAGACUUUAUCAACUCACCAAACUCUGCUCACAUCCAAGUCGUUGGUGACCGUUGUUUCGAUGCCGGUCUCUUUGAAGCCGCCAAGAUCUUGUUUACCAAUAUCUCUAAUUUCUCGAGACUCACAUCCUGUCUCGUCAAGUUGGGUCAAUUCCAACAAGCCGUUGACUCUGCCCGUAAAGCCAACAGCACCAAGACCUGGAAGGAAGUAAGUGCCGCCUGUAUUGACGCCAAGGAGUUCCGUUUGGCUCAAGUCUGUGGUCUUUUCAUUAUUGUCCAUGGUGACGAGUUGGAGGAGUUGAUCAAGCAAUAUGAGGAUCGUGGUUAUUUCAACGAGUUGAUCUCGUUGUUGGAAUCUGGUUUGGCUAGUGAGCGUGCUCACGUCGGUAUGUUCACCGAGUUGGCCACUUUGUACUCCAAGUACAAGGAAGAGAAGCUCAUGGAACACUUGAAGCUUUACUACUCUCGUUUGAAUGUUCCAAAGGUUAUCAAGGCAUGUCAAGCCAAUCAACAAUGGCCAGAGUUGACCUAUCUCUACAUUCACUACGACGAGCACGACAAUGCCGUCAACACAAUGAUCAACCACUCUAUCGAGGCAUGGGAUCACACUUUGUUCAAGGAAACCAUUCCAAAGGUUGCCAAACUCGAUCUCUACUACACUGCUAUCCAAUUCUACCUCGAAGAACAACCAUUGUUGAUCAAUGACCUCCUCACUGUCAUGUCACCAAGAAUUGAACAUGCCCGUGCCGUUAACUUGAUCCGUUCAUUGGGUCACCUCCCAUUGGUCAAGCCAUACUUGGUAUCUGCUGCCGAGCAACACAACGUCGCUGCCAUCAACGAAGCUCUCAAUGAGCUCUACGUCGAAGAGGAGGACUAUGAAUCUCUCCGUGCCUCGAUCGACGCCAAUGCCAACUUUGGUACCAUCGCUCUCGCCCAAAAGUUGGAGAAGCACGAACUCUUGGAGUUCCGUCGUAUCGCCGCCUACCUCUACAAGAAGAACAACCGUUGGGCUCAAUCCGUAGAGUUGUCCAAGAAGGAUCGUUUAUACAAGGACGCCAUUCAAUCGGCUGCCGACUCAAAGAAUCCAGCUUUGACCGAGGAGUUGCUCAACUUCUUUGUCGAAGAGAGUAAUCACGCUGCUUUUGCUGCCUGUUUGUACACAUGUUACGAUUUCGUCAAGCCAGACGUCGUUUUGGAGUUGGCUUGGAGAAACAAUAUUAUCAACCACGCCUUCCCAUAUAUCAUUCAAUAUGUAAAGGAAAUUAAUACCAACGUAAGUACCCUCAUGGACGAUUUGAAGGCCCGUCAAAAGAAAUCCGAAGAAGAAAAGGAACAACAACACAUCGAAGCCACCACUUAUCAACCAGAUUUCAACAAUCUUUCAUACGGAUAUGCUGCCACUGGAGGUAUGUUAGCAUUGCCACCAGCAACAGGAAUGUAUAACCAACAGCAACAACAACAAUUUAACACUCAAUCUUACAACAACAAUUAUAACCAAUAUGGUGGUUUCUAA